UUAACGAAUUUGUCUCCUCCAAAAAGAUUCACUUUAGUCAAACCUUCCAGGCACUAAAAGUAAUAUCUGGCCAGAUUAAUUACAUAAAUCCAUCCGCAAUGUAUAAGUCGCUAGUUACUUUGACCGUGACCAUUUUGGUCGUUGUUUCCACCGCGUCGGCUGACAAGGAGAAGAAAGGUGGUCAUCCCAUGCACAACAUGACCUGCAAAGGGGAACCCAUCAAUAUGAAGGCAAUGAUGACGGGUCACAAGGAAUGUCACGAUGAGGUCUUUGGAGUAUCCGCCACAACCGUCAACCCCACCACCAUGACUGCAGAAGCACGCAAGGAAAUGAUGAAAAAGUGGAUGGAAAACUCAGUGUGCAUGAAUGUCUGCACAAUGAAGAAACAUAAGCUGCUCAACGCUGACGGAACUUAUAAUGCGGAAGAGGCUGACAAAUGGGUGAAAGCAGUUUUUCCUAGUGGAGUUCAACCUGCUAUAAAAAAAGCUUUUGAUGAAUGUGCUUCCACCCAUGGCAAGGCAUUUAAUAUGGACAAUAAAUGUGCUGGAUAUAAGGCUUUCAGAGAUUGUAAACUCGCAAAGCUUAUGGAGAUUUGCGAAUUCAAAAAGAGCGAUGCCGGGCCAUCAUCGGAGGAAAUAUAAAAGUUAAAUUUGUGAUUUGUGAUCUUGAAUUAUUGUGAUGUUUCUUUCUAAAUUACAUUCAGUGGGAUGUUUUAAAUAAAUUAUUGGACUUUAUAAUUGGUCAACAUGCA